AUGUCAACUUCAUCAAUCGCGCCUCAGACACUAACCUACGUCUCGGGCAGCGCAGAUCCCGAGCAGCAACUUGACCUCUACCUGCCCACUUCUCCAGCAACGGGCCUAACUAUCUUCAUCCAUGGAGGAGCUUGGAGAACUGGAUCACGGAAAGAUCACGUCGACCUUGCCCAGUACCUCUGUUCCCGGGGCAAGGCUGUUGCAGUGAUCGACUACAGACUCUCUGUUGCGGACGAAGCGACUGGCUUGCCAAAAAACGUCCAUCCUGUGCAUGCUCACGACGUCAAUGCAGCAAUGAGCUUCUUGUAUAGACAUCAAGCCGUACCGCACAAGGGCUGGGUGGUGGUUGGACACUCGGUAGGAGCUUGGCUCGCAUUGGCGGCCCUCAUCGACGGUCAGCCCAAACAGGGCGAUAUGCAGCAUCCGAAACCUAUGCCUGUUCUGGAUAGUGGUGCGAGAGAGUGCAUCAAGACCUGUGUGUUGGUGGAUGGCAUCUUCUCCAUUUCUGAUCUGCUCAAAGAGUAUCCGCCCUAUGAAGGAUUUGUUGCACAGGCUUUCCUGCCUCAGCCUGGGCCUAGCAACUACGACAUUGUCUCUUGUGAAACCUGGCCACUGGCGCUACAAGGAAAAGAUAUACACGUGUGGCAUUCGCGAGACGACGAGCUGCUCUCUUUUAAGCAGAGUAUCGAUGUGAUCCUGCACCUCGAUCAUAAGCUGUCCGCUUUAUCUGCAAACAACGAUGCGAUCGUAGAAAUCCCCGAAGCUGGCCUCGCAAGCAGCACCUCGGUCAAUGGCGAGAACAGGAGCCUCGCUUCCAUCUACGGCCACGUCAAGAUUCGAAACGCUUCUCAGCUGCAUGCUGACUUGACGAGCCUGAGAGGUGCACACGACGAUCUUUUGCACACCAAGAUUUUCUGGGAUCUCCUCCACCAUCUGUAA